AUGAUGCUGAAGAAGGAUAUAGAAGAGCAGAAGGAAGGAGAAGAUGAUCUGGAGACUGGAGAGAAUGAUCACAAACAAUGCAAGACGAAGGCGAAUAGUGAUAUCGUCUGGUGGCGACCGGACCACAAGACGAUCAUAGCCCUGCAGAGCGAGCGGAUCCUGCAGGACGAUAGAAUCGUAGUCGGACAGGAGAGCCGCGACGUGUGGACGUUGACGAUACGCGACACGACGGGAGAGGACGCGGGCGUCUACAUGUGCCAAGUUAACACGAACCCCGUCAAAUACAUGGAGGCGAUGGUGACGAUACUCGUGUCGCCAAAGUUAGUAACGACGCAGAGCACGCAAUCCGAGAUUGUCACGCUAGAAGGCAGGGAGGUCGUUAUUGAAUGCGAGGCAACAGGAAAUCCGCAGCCGAACAUCACGUGGAGGCGAUCCGACCACAAAGUUAUGAACCUACCGAUGCCGUGUUCCAAUAAUCAAGAUGAUGAAGACAAAACCUACACUGACAAGUUGAACGAACAAGGUACCGAUCACCUGGCAGCACGCUCUCACGAUGAUAGGCUAGACGAAGAUGGAAAAUCGGUGACGUCAGAGCUGGAGGUGAUCGAGGUUACUCCGCGAGAUUUUGGCUUCUAUUCCUGCUUCGUGUCGAACGAGCAUGGCGAGGCAGAGGCAAAGGUCGAACUCUACGUCGCUCCCGUCAUCGUUCACACGUCGGAGAAGGUCGGAGCGGCCGUGACAUGGAACGCGACGAUACGCUGCUACGUGGAGGCUUACCCGCUGCCGACCGGCUACUGGCACAAGGACGGAGUCGCGCUGGAGCAGGGAUCAAAGUAUCAGUAUGUGAUGAAACCGUCAGGAAUCCGUGGCCCGGGCGUGGUCACGGCCUUGUUGCGCGCGGAUGGUGCAAUACUGUCGUCAUUGCGCGCGGAUUUGGCUUGGCUGCGGGCGGACACGAAAACACUGCUCGCAUUGAAUGAUCACGUCAUACACGACGACAGCCGCGUCAGCAGCAGCGGCGACGGGACGUUGACGAUAGCGGAGACGCGACCAGCUGACAGCGGCUUCUACAUGUGCCAAAUAAACACGAGUCCCGUGCGGCAUGUGACCAUGCAACUCAUCGUGCUGGUACCUCCGAAGCUACUCCGCUCGGAAAAAUUACCGGACACCGACGUUCAGGUGAUAGAGGGCGCCAAUGUAACACUUUACUGCGAGGCGACAGGCGUGCCGACGCCGGGAAUCACGUGGCGUCGGCAGGACAAGUCGGCGAUGAGCCUCUCACCUCCCGCAGCGACAUCUAGCGGAAAUCUAUUGACUCUUUACAAUGUGAGCAGCGCCGACUGGGGAAUUUACCUCUGCAUCGCGCAGAAUGGAGUGCCGCCAUCGGUGUCGCGCAGCAUCGAGGUUCGCGUGGAAUUCAAACCGAAAAUAAUCGAGACAACAUGGCGGGUAGGUGCUUCUAGAGGGCGCAACGCAACGCUUUCAUGUACUGUGAAAGGUUUCCCCGAUCCGGUUGGCUAUUGGCAUAAGAACAGGGUCAUGUUGAACUCUGGUUCAAAAUACGACACUCUCGUUCAGUCGCCGGACACCGUCACAACAUCUAUAGCAUUGAUUAUCCAGCGAGUAGGCGCUCUAGAUUAUGGCUUCUACACGUGCGUUACAUCGAACCAGCAUGGAACCACCGAUGCCCGAGUAGAACUGUAUGACAGUGGAGCGGUGCUAGGUCAAGGCAAAUCCGCCGCAGGCAGUAGCGAUGACAAGCGUCAAAGUAAAUCGAAUCCAAGCUUAAACGCAAAAAGCUCAGAGGCCGAGUGGACCGACGUCGGCGGAGCGGUCAGGACGGGGCGGCCGCAGAUUCGUAACGACGAGCCUCAAGGUCAAGCACCUGCAGCCACAGCGUCUGUCAGCUCCGCACUCCCUGCUAGGCAACCGACGUCUGCGCUACUCUGCUGGCUCGUGGUGGCAGCACUGUCAGCGCGCGCUCUACACACGUGACCGUCGCGCACGCAGACGCCUUCUUCUUACUUCAAGCCGUGCUAGCGUGAGCGAUGACGUCACGUUACGUCUGCGUUAUCGAGAGAAAAAACUAACACACAGACGUGCCAAAUGUAUUAUAGCGGAAAUUAUUCGAAGAAUAGACUGAUAUUCUCCCCCGUGUGACGUCAUACCGACGGUGGUCACGUGGUCUCCCAUGGAAAUCACGUUUCCGUGCUCAUUAGUGUUUUCAAUGGACGCCGAGUAAGGAAAAAUUAUAGUGUAUAUACUGUAUGUGCAAAGAAUAUGUGAAUUGAUUUGAAUUAUUGCGUGCUCUAAUGAAAUACCUUAUAUAGGCAUGUGUACAGUGUA